AGCACAGUUUCUGCAGUUAUCUACAGUGUUUUGUCCAAAUCAUGUGGAUCUUUGUAGGGACUUUGUUGAUGGCAACUGAAACGGUUGCAAAUGAGGUGACAUUUGAUAAUCUGAGCAGUAUUGCAUAUAAAACCAUCCAGUUGCCAGCCUUUUAUCGCUGUAAGAAUGAUACAAGAAUGUGCAUGUGGCCACCAUGGGGAACUCAUCCAUACUCAACCAACAAUCAUCUUCAGGAUGGGAAUGGUUACAAUUGGGCACUUUUAAUCACGGAUGGAAAAUACCCUGCUCUACCGUUUGGGUACAACACGGAAUAUGGUUCCAUAAUCUAUUGCUCAAGCUAUGGCGAGAGAACAGGAAUCAAAUGUAGCACAAACGACACAAAAACGAUUCACAAUCUAACGCAAGUGCAAGUGGAGGAAUCUGGUGAUAGAGUGGUGAUAGACAACAUCACUUCAGCACUACGCAAUGAGUCACAAAUAAUAGUGAAGCAAUUGAUACCAACAGCUAAUACCACAAGUGCUAAUAAUGAGAGAAAUGGUGCAAUUCCACUCCCAUACAAUUGUACCUCCUUGGAAUCUGUAGUGAUACCAGCAGCUAAUAACGAGAAUAAUGGUGCAAUUUUUGCUGCCAUUGCAGCAGGAGCAAUAAUCAUAACUCUUGCAAUCAUAGCCACACUAGUAUUUGUCUUAAAGAUGAAGAGCCAAUCCCAUUUCUCAACCACUCACCUGGAAACUAGGUAAUUAAUUAUUUUGGCUACAUGAUUUUGAUGCCCCAAUUCCAAAUCAGGUCCAGCUUGGAAUCUUUGGACGACAGCACGCC